AUUACUACUUGAAAAAUGUUGUCACUAAGAAUUACAUUUUGGCUUUUUGCCCUUAUCUGUUUUACAUAUGCUGAGGAGGAAAGUCUCUCUGUGUCAGAGAUUCUUGAAAAAGCAAACAGAAAUGUCGUGCGCAGAGCAGAUGAGCCCUUCGUUGUAGAUGACAUCGCAUACGUCUCUGAGGGGGAGAGGAACGCGGACCCCUGCACCUCCAGGCCUGGGGGAUGUCUGUGGCCAAAAUCUACUGACGGAACAGUCUACGUGCCUUAUGUGAUCGCUAAUCAUUACACCUCUCGUGAGCUGGCCAUUAUUGAGCGUGGUCUGCAGUCCUUCUCCAGCUCUACUUGCAUCCGUUUUUUCCCCAGAACUAACCAGAGAGAUUACCUCUACAUCAUGUCUGACAAUGGGUGUUACUCCUACGUGGGGCGCAUUUACAAUGCUCAGACGGUCUCUCUGAGUCGCUCAGGCUGCAUCUACCACAACACUGUCCAGCACGAGCUGCUGCACGCCCUGGGCUUCAACCACGAGCAGUGUCGCAGUGACCGGGACCAGUACAUCCGAGUCCUUCUGCAAAAUGUGCAAUCUGGCCUGGAGUAUGCUUUUGACAAGAUUGCCACAUUGAACCAAGACACCCCAUAUGAUUACAACUCUGUGAUGCAAUACCAUAAGUACGCCUUCUCUAAGAAUAACCAGCCCACCAUGCAGCCUUACCCUGACCCAAAUGUGCCAUUCGGAACCGCCACUGAGAUGAGCAAGAACGACAUCCUCAGAGUGAACAGGCUCUACCAGUGUUAAUGGACCAGAAAGCAGGGAACAUCCUUCAAUCUACAAGUCAUGUUGCUG